AGAGUCUCUCUGCUUGGUUGCCUUUGACAUGAGUCUCCCCCCGGACAUGAGAAAGAAUCCCGUGUCACCAAGUUUCAAGAGAUUCAGAUUCCCCCUCUACCAUGUAACGAAGGGUGAGCCAUCAAGGUUUGAGAAUCUGCCAUGGUUUUCGUCAUCCGCAGGGAAGUUCUGCGUUUGAAAUGCUGGACAUGAAAACGUAGGAGGAGGCUGAAGACUGCGGCUCUUGGCUUCUCUGUGGAAGUCACGAGCUCUGGUGGCCCGCCUGAGGAGGAGCGAUUGGAAGAGGAGAAAAAGAAAGGUUCUUCGAUUACUGCGGUAUGGAUCCUGCUGAUUAUCCUUUUCCUUCCUUUCCGUUGGAUACUGGACGGAUGGAUUCGGCGUGGGUCCCAUGGAUUGUGUAUCCUUCCUAAUCCUUUCCUUUCGCUGCAAUUUAAGUAUAACAAGUACAGAAUCCUUCAGUUAUUUGUUCUUAUUUAUCCCCGCUGCCCUUUUUAGUGGGGAGGUUGUCUAUCGUUGAACGAAGGUAAGAUGUCAUCGAUGCGAUGGCCACUUCUAUAUUCUUCACCGCCGUCUUCACGGAGCACUAAAUUCGUCAGACACUUUACUAAACCGCUUCACUGCUCUCUGUUCUCCACUAAUCAGCUCACUUGUUCCUUACAACCCAGAUGCGGUGCCACUCUCAGCUAUCGCCCUUCUUUCAAGAUCUCCUGCAAAAGAAGUAAAGCCACUCAAGAGGACGGGCUUCCUCAGGGAUUCUCGGUAUUGCCAGGGGACAGUCCAUGGGAGGGUGGGAUCCUUUGGAGCACUUUUGCUUUCUACGUGUUCAGCGUGCAUGUUCCUUUGAGUUUUGGAGGGUUACCUGCGAUUGCCUGGAUAAUGGGGAAGAAUCGUCUUAGUCCACAAACUGAGAUCCUAGGAAUUCUUUUUAUUCAAAUCCUCGAGCUUAAUGGAGCAUUAUUUUUACUGAAGUACAUGGCUAAGCCGCAAUAUAAGCUUCCAAAUUUCUUCAAAAGUAGCGGAUUAGUUGACAGGAAUUGGGUUUUGGCAUCAGCAGUGGGAUUCGGAGUUCUUGUGCUUCUGCUUUAUCUACUAUCACUCAUUGAAAGCAAGUUAUUUGGCCCCACGCCUGUGAGCAGCCCCGUAUUGAAGGAGAUCCUCUUAAGCAGUGAUGUCUCGAGAGUAGCCAGCGUCAUGUUUUACUGUAUUGUCUGUCCCCUUCUGGAGGAAAUUGUUUACAGAGGGUUUAUGCUAACAUCACUUUCCCCCACCAUGGGAUGGCUAAAAGCAGUUGCUCUGAGUUCAGCCAUUUUCGGUGCAAUUCACUUCUCUGUUGGGAGCUUUCUGCAUUUGUUCACUGUUGGCUGUGUCCUUGGCUGCUCCUAUUGCUGGACUGGGAAUUUGAAGUCUCCCUUUCUCAUACAUUCCUUGUACAAUGCUUUAACUUUGAUGAUAUCCUAUUUGUAUUAAACACAGAUUUCUUUUUCUAUUUUUUUUUUCAAAUUCAAAAUGAUAAAUAAAGAAUGCUGUAUGGACUUCACGUGAUUGUUUACUUUGUUUAUGUUCAUCUUUCCACCUAA